UGGUCGGCAGAGAGGGACACGCCCCUGGGCGAAUCCCGGAGGUGUCAUGUACUACAUUAGUACAGUAGGGCUGUGAUGAUGACAGAUGGUGUCGUGCUGACAACCGGAGUUCUCCAUACAUGUACACAGGGAGGAUGGACACGGAGAGGAAGGACUCCGCCGGUCUCCAGCCUGGAGAAGAUUCCUUCUAUUACUUCGCCUAUGGGAGCAACCUACUGAAAGAGAGGAUCCUGCUGGACAAUCCCUCCGCUUCAUUCCACUGCACGGCUCUGCUCAAGGACUUCAGGCUUGCAUUUGGAUCCCACAAAGGCAAUCGGAACACAAGGUGGCAUGGAGGAGCAGCUACAGUGGUGGAGAGCCAAGGAGAUGAGGUCUGGGGAGUUGUAUGGAAGCUGAAUAUCUCCAGCUUGGACUCUUUAGACAUCCAGGAGGGGGUUGAUGGGGGUGUGUAUAAACCAAUAGAGAUCAAUGUCCAGACAGCAGACGGAGAGCUUGUUUGCCGAUGUUAUCAGAUGAAUCAGUGUGUGUAUGGACUGACAUCUCCUCAGUACAAGCAGGUCUUGUGCAUGGGAGCAAAGCAGAAUGAUUUACCACUUCAAUAUAGGAAGAUGUUAGGAGACUUGGAAACCAAUAAUUACUCGGGUCCAAUUGACAUCAUGGAUCGAUUGAAAGAUGCAUUACAAAGAGUACAAGAUGAUGGAUGAUUUUUGUAUAAAGUGUAGCAUCUUCAUUUUAGCUUUAACUUGAGAUGAUUUGAGUGUUUGCCAUUUUUAUAAAAAUCUUGAGGGUUGUGUUUUUUUUCUUGAACAUAUGAAAAAUAUAUUUUAACAUCUUA